AGCGUCGGCAUUUACCUGUCAAGAUACGGAAUAACGUUCCAAGCCGAGCAUUGGGAAUAUUUCUAGUUUCGAAUAGAAAACUGCAAAACAGUAGGUUCACGUCCCAGCCAUCGGUAUGAGCGGGACGGCGUGGAGGGGAGAGGGGGAUUUAAAUGUCUCUUUCGCCCCUGCUACUACCUCCUUUGAUUUGAACUAAUCGGGGCACCAGAGCAGAGCCGAGCUGCUUUUAUGCUGAUUUGAGCGUUUGACUGAGAUAAAAGUUGGUGUUCGUCGAUUACGGAAACAACAUAAUCUUUACACGGAACUUGGUCCGCUUUUGUUGGUAUUUCGGGGAGUAUUUGGCUUCCCUGGGAAGCAGUGGUGGUCAACGGAGAGCGGCUCGCCGAGUCGGGACUGCCCGCUGGAAGUGGUCCUGAAAAUGGAGGCUGUUAUCGAGAAGGAAUGCAGCGCGCUCGGAGGACUGUUCCAAACUCUUAUCGGAGACAUGAAGAGCAGCUACCCUAUUUGGGAGGACUUUAUCACGAAGGCCGGCAAACUGCAGUCCCAGCUCAGGGCGACGGUGGUUGCCGUGGCGGCUUUCCUCGAUGCCUUCCAGAAAGUGGCUGACCUGGCGACCAACUCACGAGGUGGGACCAAAGACAUUGGAUCAGCAUUGACCAGGAUGUGCAUGAGACAUCGCAGCAUCGAGGCUAAACUCAAACACUUCUCCAUGGCUUUCCUGGAGGGUCUGAUCAACCCUCUCCAAGACCAGAUGGAGGAGUGGAAAAGAGGAGUCAACACUUUGGACAAGGACCAUGCUAAAGAGUAUAAAAGAGCCCGGCAGGAAAUUAAGAAGAAGUCCUCGGACACACUGAAACUUCAGAAGAAAGCCAAGAAAGCUGAUAACCUGGGUCGGGAUAUCCAACCCCAGUUGGACAGUGCCAUGCAGGAUGUGAGUGAUCAAUACAUUCUGCUGGAAGAGACCGAGAAGCAGGCCGUGAGGAAGGCGCUCAUAGAGGACAGGCAGAGGUUCUGCUGCUUCGUGGCCAUGCUGCGGCCUGUAGUGGAUGAGGAGAUUUCGAUGUUGGGAGAGGUCACCCAUCUCCAGACUAUCUCUGAUGACCUCAAAGCCCUGACUUCUGACCCACACAAGCUUCCCCCUGCGAGUGAACAGGUGAUCUUGGACCUUAAAGGCUCAGACUAUGGUUGGUCAUACCAAACACCACCCUCAUCCCCCAGCACCACCAUGUCCCGGAAGUCUAGCAUGUGCAGUAGUCUGAACAGCGUUAACAGUAGUGACUCCAGGGGAUCCAGUGGCUCUCACUCUCAUUCUCCUUCCUCCUCUUCUUCCUCUUCCUCCUCACACCACCUCUUCCACCACCAUCACCCCCGCCAACGGUACCGUAGCUCCACGCUACCCCAGCAGGCCCCAGUCCGGCUCUCGAGCAUCUCCUCCCACGACUCGGGCUUCAUUUCUUCAUCACACGACCAAUACACGUUGUCCAAGUCAUCCUCGCCCAUGGCAGCUGAAACAAAGCCAUGUCCCAGUUCCAGCUCCUCUGAGGUAUCAGAAACUGGGCAGCUCCACAGUGACUGCAGCGCCCCCUCUCCUCUAGCUGCUGCCAGUGCACCUCAGCACGCCACUGACAAGUUGUCCAACGGCUUUGACCACUACAGUCCGGCCAAUUCCCCUUACUUGCAUACCAACGGGGGGAGUUUGGAGUCAGGGUCAGGCACUGCCUUUCCCUUCUUCCCUCCUUCCUCCUCAUCCUACACCACCUCCUCCUCCUCGUGCCCCACUCGUUCAUGGUCACGUCCGGCCUCAGCCUUGCUGCCUGACCAACUUCACAACGGCACGGUGGGAUCCCCCAUGGUGCCUUCAUCACGGGUCCCCAGCUGGAAGGACUGGGCUAAACCCGGCCCUUAUGACCAGCCCAUGGUCAACACACUGAGGAGGAAGAAAGACAAGGACACGCCAGCUGCGAGGGACACUAAUGGCAGUGCCAGUAUGCCGACCUCAGCGCCAGCCCUGGCUGCGCUACAAACAUCGGUGGAGGAGAAGAACAGAACUGUGGCUGCACCUCUCAAGGCUGGUGAUAUUGAGGCCCAUGAGGAAUUGGCUCUGGCCUUAUCCAGAGGUCUCGAGCUCGACACCCAGAGGUCCAGUAGGGACUCCAUCCAGUGUUCCAGUGGCUACAGCACCCAGACCAACACACCCUGCUGCUCUGAAGACACAAUACCAUCACAAGUCUCAGACUACGACUAUUUCUCGAUGGCCGGGGAUCAGGAGCCUGAGCAGCUGCAUUCUGACUUUGACAAGUCCUCCACCAUCCCCAGAAACAGUGACAUCAGUCAGUCCUACAGACUCAUGUUCCAGAGCAAGCGGCCGGCCUCCACAGCCGGCCUGCCCAGCACACAGACUCAUUACCAUGGGCAGGGGGCCUACUCUGCAGGGCCCUACCCCCCCACACCCGUCCACACCGGGGCUUAUCCGUCAGCCUCCGCAGGAACGUUUUCAGGUCAGGGACUAUUUUCUGGAUCCAGCACCUAUAAUGCCUCUGGCUCGUAUUCUACGGGCCACGGUCCUGUCAUCAUCACCCCUGGGGUUGCCACGAUCCGCCGCACCCCCUCUUCAAAACCCUCCGGCCGUCGGUCAGGCUCCGGGGGAACAGGCCCCAUUCCUAUUCGUACGCCUGUCAUCCCAGUAAAGACCCCGACAGUACCCAAUAUGUGUGGAGCAGUAAAUGGGAGCAGGAGUGUCGGGGAGGUGGGAGGAGGAAGAAGAGGAGGAGGAGAAAGCUCAGAUCCUCCGACAUAUGCCGGAAGGGAGGAUCCUGGCACGCUGCCCAUCAUGUCCUGGAGUGGUCAGGCUACAACCAAUCCUCCCCCUGCAGCCCUGUCCACCCAGCAGCACCUGCACACUGACAUGGGGCAGGAAGGAGCAGGUGAGGAGGCAGGAGAAGAGUCCGAAGGCAACAUGCUACUGGCCAUCCGCAAGGGGGUCAAGCUCAAGAGGACCCUCACCAACGACCGCUCCGGACCACGCGUCCCAUGAUGACUCGACACAAAAGACACGCGUGGGCUCCGGCUCUCGCCUCCUCGUGUUCGUCGAUGAGAUCCACCGCUUUGGAAAAGAAAUGUACAGAAUCAAAAGGAGCGAUGCGCUCCACCUGUUGGCCAUGCCGCGUUCCUCAUCCUGGAGAUGUUUACCUGGGAGAGGCGCUCACUGCAGAAGCCAUCUCCAUUCAAUAUUCACAAUACAUAGAUACGCUGUAGUUCAGCGUAACACUUUCUGCAUCGGCAGAUGAUGCCGCAGAAAUAUUUUAAAGCCAAGUUUGUUAGAGUAUUGGUUUUGACCUGAGGAGCAACACCUUCAGGGUAAGUGGAGCAGUUAUAUGAGUAGACGGAUAAGACCUGAGACAUUAGCUCCUCAAAUAGAGGCUUUUGGCCAAAGCACUAAGAUGUAUUUUGCAAAUCCGAGCCUGCAGCGUCUCGUGAGGAUACGUGUGUGAAUAAAUACCAAGAGAAGGACAGAGCAGCGUGACACUACGGUGAGUUUCAUUCUUUAAGAAAACCGCAAAGACACAUGUGACACAUGCGUCCAGUAACUUCCUGACGCAGAGGGCUGGACGAGGACUCUGUCGUCGGCCUCUUCUCGGUGUAAAAACACUCGGUGUGUAUUAUCUGUACCAACGGCCGUUGUUUGGGGAGCGUUUUACCAUCGUGGGACAAACACUCCUUCCGGCUGCCUCCACUCGACGUCUCGCGCGUCGCCCUGAUGGAUUACUGGAGGGACGGCCUGACGCCGCGUCGUUGUCCCCUCGCCGGUAAAAUACUCGUCACUCGAGAGCCGACGGGGACCGAGCCGUGAGCGAUACGGAGAGCUGCUCGAGAAGCACGGAUGAACUUCCGAGUCAGAGUGGCCGGCGACUACAGAGCGACGAGAGCGGCACGCGGUCGAUGCCGCGGCGGCGACGGCCACGACGAGUUACGAGCGCUUUUAGUUUUAGCGUUGACAUGAUUUGUAAAUAAUUGUGCGUGUCUCUGCUGCUCCGGAGUGUGUUGGUGCUUCUUACUCUGCAUUUCCUUCUGCUCCCCCACAGCGUCACAAUCCUUACGGUUCACAUCUUUAAACCGGAUCGUUACGGACUUCACGUCAUGAUCAUCAAACCCUGUGACCGUGAGGUUUUCAGCAUUUGUUUAAUCUGCCAUGUCUACAUGCUGAGCUUUGUAGAACUCCUCAGUGCUUUGUGUUUAUAUCUGAGCUCUUAUAUAUUAGCCCCUUGUUUUUUGUAGCAUUUAUUAGCCGUACUAUACGACCCACUGUGCAUCGAUUGCUCAAUACAUUACUAAUAAAUGUCAAAAGUACAGAUGUGCCUUGUCAAAAAUUCAACAUUAAUUCAAAUUGAUAUAUAUAUAUUAUUAGACAUUUUAUCUGAUUUCUUAUCAGAACAAAUAUUUGUUGUUGUUGUUUCUUCGGUUAUGAGUAGAACGCAGUGAUGGGUAAUGCCGGACCUGUUUUAUCGCUCUUUGUUGUUGCUUUGAGACACGAGCGGCGUGCUCAUGUCCACUUGAGCCAUUAGGUUUUUAUUUUUACAUCCGCCAACUUUAAUUCUAGUGCCAUAGAAGGUGACAAGUAGCGACAUGCAGAUUUAGUUUCAAUAAAAACGAGGCGAUUAAAUCAAAAUGCGUCUCGGAAUUGAAGAAGGUCGUGGGAGAUGUGAGGCCUCAGAGAGCCGUACGACUCGAGUCAUCGCCUGUGUUUUGAUUGCGAGACCACAGCUACGUCCAGAUGUAUGAACAUGUUUAUUAGGUUAUCCAAUAACUCACUUUUCUUUUCAUUUAUUUUCUUCUGCAAAAGUCUUUUUUCUUUCUUUUUGUCCUCAACCUAUUUUUAUACGUAUAUAUAAACUAUCAGAGUAAUAGAGUUGUUUCCUCUAGCCAUGCAUGUCCUAUCUGAUGGUGUGUUGUUCCAUCAGUGAGACGUCCAUGGCCGUCCCGUAUGUCCCGUAUUUCACACGUAUGCGUAGCUGCACUUCAUUCUGAUCAUCGUAUGAAUGCUGGCUGGUUUCAAGACGACCAGCAGCUGCAAACUCCAUGUGUUCCUCUGACUUCCAGAAGUCAGAGUCAUGAUUUGAAAAAUGUUUUGGUUUUAUUACGGUGAAGCCUGCAUCAGUAUUAUGGGUUCAAAUGUUCGGGGACAAAUGGUAUUUGCAUGAUGUAAAGCUGAUUCCAGACCAGUUUCUGUUAAGUCAAGACAGUGAAUAUCUUCAGAAGGAGUUUGCCUGAAUCAUCAUUUUAUAAUUAUAUAAAUUAAUAUGUUUCUGUUUCACAUAUAUGUUAUAGCGACUGAGCUGAGACUGGUGACAUGCAAACGUGUAACUGUUCCCUGAAGAUGAUUUUAGUUUGUUUGUAACCCAGUUAUUAAUAACUGCUUUAAGGCAAAACAUGUUAUUGAACUGUUAAUCUGGUUGGCAUAGAAUAUUAUUAGAUUUAAACAAAAUGCUCACUGUCAACAAUGUGUGACCUAAUCUGACCUACGCUUUCCAAAGACAUUUUAGCUAUAUUUUAAACAGGUUUUCUAUGUAUUUAAUGAAAUCCAAAUGGACAAUAUGGCAGCAAAAGAAGUGAUGAUGAAAGGAUGUAAAAAAGAAAGAUGUCAUCUCUGCCUGAAUUAAAACCAAAGUGUCAGCGGAGGGAUGCACCGCGUCCAGAAGCCCCCUCUACAGUCAAAGAUGAUAUGACUUCCGAGAGCAUUCAGUUCUGGAGAUUGUUGAUGUUAAUAUUUGUGUUUGUUUUUUGGACGUCCAACAUGUCUAAACGUAUAUUAUCAACCUGUAAUUUAAAUUGCUAGCAUAAAUAUAUAUUAUAUCAGAGUUGCCAAAAGCCAGUGUAUCCUAUGAUUAAGACGUUUAUAGUUCGUGAGGUUUGGAAGUUCAACAACACCUUGUUUCUAGUUUAGUUUUUAGCGCAUUACCCCCCCGAGGAGAGUUGACCUCUCCAUCUCUCUGUACAGUUCAACAGGCUAUAAUGCAGUUUGUUUCAGGAAGUAAAAAGGUUGUUAUUUUUGUGUGUAAUGACAGCUUUAGCAAUAUAAUAAAAAUAUACAUUUUG